AUGGUUUUAAUGAAGAGGAGAAGGAAUGGCAAUGAAGAGGAUGGUCACGUUCCCCAGACAAAACGUAGCACCAGGAAUUCUGUCCUGCAGGACUCGUGGGACACUGAGAAGGUGGCUGUAACGAAGCUCAGUAAGGAGCGCAGACUAAAAGGAAACAAAGUGUCCUGUGCGUCCUCCAGCAGCGACAGCGGCAGCAGCAGCAGCAGCUGCAGCAGCAGCAUCAACAGCCCCGACAGAGCGUGUGGUGCAGAGUCCAGCCUCAACCCCAGCAUUGCGGGAUCCAGCCCCGUCUCCUCCCAGCCCUUCCACGAGCAGUCUGCACUAAGCCAAGGUCCUUACUUCCACAUCAACCAGAUCCUGAAGGAAGCCCACUUCCACAGCCUACAGAGCCGGGGACGCCUCCCUACAUGAUGACCCAGCAGCUCCCUGCCUUCUGUGAAGGGACAGCACUGUGUAGAUUUGAUAUUUCAACUUCAAAGUUUGUUAACAUGGAAUUGCACAAAAUUGCCUGUUGCCUUUUCAGUCUAUAUUUGAAAUAACAGGUUAACAGGAGAUUGUUUACUUGUGGUUUGCUGCACUAUUGCAAUGCAAAAGGGGCUUUGAAGCAAUUUUUAUAGGAUUCUUUUUGGGGUGGUUCUAAAGUGCGUGGCAAGAGGAGACUGAGGAGUCCACAUGUGUGUUAUAGGAUUGCAAACUGUCCAAUUCCAAUCGACUGCCUAAUCUGUUUGUUAGCAAGUUGUUGCUUUCUGUAAAGUUCUCUUAAGCGUUCCUCUUCAGUUUUAUAAGUCUUUUUUUAAUUUCAAUAAACUAGUUAAAAAAUGAUUUGGCAACAUAAUUUUUUGAGCAUUUAGAGUUAGUAAGAACAGUUAAGAAUAGGAGCAGUGACUGCAGGUCCUUAGGCCUGGGCAGCUGUGAGCUCCCACCCAGCUCAGUGUGAGGAGUCCUGUCUCACAUGAGCCUCACAAGAAAAUGUGAAAUUAGACCCAGGAGAGCUUGUGCAGGUCCUGCUGGGGCCACUCAGAGCAGGACAGAGGAGUCGUGCCCUGCUCCAGCACCCGUUUCUAGCUGUGAAAUGUUUUGUUUUCUGUUAGUGUGUAGGUUGUUUGGGGAUUUUUUUUUUCUUUAAUUUGACUUUAAGGUUAACAAUGUAAAGAACAGGAGGUGAAAGAGCAGCUCCCCCUCUGCUCCAGCAGCCAGGGGACAAGGACAGUUCCGAGCUGAGCCCGGUUCGAGUGACACACCCUGAUCCGGCUGAGAAUGGGAAGCACUGACAAUCCUGGAGGUGGCACCGGUCCUGCCCAGGGGACAGACGGAUCUCAGAGGAGACAGACACACAGCCCAACGUUUUAUUUGCUGCUGCCUCACUUGGUCAUGCCCGAGAGCCAGCCCAGCUUGAAGAGCGAAGGCGCCGCCGUGUCCUCGUCCUCGGUGACGAGCUGCCUGAACAGGGAGCCCGGGCGGGAGGCCUCGUCUUCUCUGGGGAGCACAGGAGCUGCAACCUGGCAGUUUUUAAACACAGAAGUCACUAUAACUGUUACAGCAAACCUGUGACUUGCUCCAUACCCUCAGCCACAGGAGCUGCAAGGUGUAGCCCACAGCAAGAACAGCUCUUCCCAGGCAACCUGACCCACGACCGGCGCGGUGUUGCUGCUGGGGGUUAGUGACAGACAGACAGACACAGGGACAGCAGCACAGCAGCACCUGGCUGUUGUUAGCAGCCAGGGAACUUGGCAGAUGGCACUCAGUGCUCAACAAACCCCACAUCAACACUCUGAGCUGCAGGGAAGAGGCUGCUGCCCUCAGAGCAAAGGAUAACAGCAUGGUAGCAGCACAGCUGUUGCCCUUGCAGAGAGCUCGUCGUGGAGAACUACGGAUUUUAACCUCUCCAGGAGUGAUUUAGCAUUGAAGAAGGAUCAGGCAGCUGUCAGGGAUUCUGGGAAGGGUGGCUGGCACAGGAUACAGGUGAGGGGAGUGACAGGAGCGAGCCACACGUCACUGCACACUUCUAUGCUCCACUCCAGCUGAGGUACGAGAGGUAAGGAAUACCUUUAUUGGGAAGCUUUGGGCUUUUAAACAACCCUUAUGUCGUGUCUGGUCCUGAAUGGUUCUGAGUAAGGGAGAAAGGAGAGCUGCAGAGUGAAUUGAACAUCAUCUCAUGUGAUAAAACCAGACCUUUAACUCUUGUCCUGACUCUUGUCAAGGCUCACCAACUUGGCCCACUUGCCAAGACGUCACCACAGAUGGAUUACUGGGUUGGUAAUAACUUAAGGAAAUUCCUGCUUCCCACUGCAGUGAGUAUUCCUUGGCUCUCACUCAGCACACAGAGCUCCAUCUAAGCAGAUGUUUUAAACUGGGGGAAAUGUAGCAACACAAGGCUUGUCUGCUACAGCUCAGCCACAGGACAGAGCGGAGCCUCUGUGAGAGCAGCACACACUCCUCACACAGGCUGAGGUACCAGGCCAGGCUCCUCGGGGUUAGAGGGCAGCGUCCCACUGCAAAGGAGUUCAGUCAUUAGCCACUGUCCUUCAGCCUUUCUUGCAGCCCCUCCUCAAUGAACUGUCCUGGAUGCAUUGCCCUCGAGAUGCCUGGGCUGUGUAAAUCCUCACUGUGUUUCAGGGUGCUUAUUGCCUGUUUUGCCACAGAGCAGUGGCCCAAAAAUACAGGGGCAAAGGGGGGUUUUUUUUUGAGGGUCGUGGGAAAAUCCAACCCAUCUCCUGCUGUGUUGCCAUAAUGACUCUCAUUUUACCGAAAAUAAAAAUCAGGUGAAAUAUUAA